AUGCGUCCACUGGUUCUCUCGGGACCAUCUGGGAGUGGUAAAAGUACUUUUAUCCAACGAGCUCUUCAUACUUAUCCGGACACAUUUGCUCUGAGUGUUUCUCACACUACGCGAACACCACGGCCAGGAGAAACGGAUGGCGUCCAUUAUUAUUUUACUGAUAGGGAUACAUUCUAUGAUAUGAUUGAGAAGGGAGAGUUUCUAGAGUACGCGACGUUUGGAGGAAAUUUAUAUGGCACCUCGAGGAAGGCGGUUGAAGAUGUUCAGAAGACUGGGAAAGUGUGCAUCCUCGACGUCGAGUUGAAUGGCGUACGUAACAUCAGAAAAAGUACGUUGGACGCGGUAUUCGUUGUUGUGACUGCUCCAGAUAUGCAAACUUUGACCGAACGCCUGCGUGGUCGAAAGACAGAGACUGAAGAGUCGUUACAGAAACGUUUAAAACAUGCGGUGGAAGACCUCAAUCCAACUCUUUUCGACCACAAGAUCGUAAAUGAUGACCUCGAAAAGGCUUACCAGCAGUUUAUAAACAUUGCUCUACCAGAACAAAAGCAGGCUCAGAAAACUUUUGAAGCUUCAUAA